AUGCCUACUUUCCAAUCGAAGCCGUACCGCCAAUCCCAAGCUCUCAAUCCACUUGUCAGCAAAGUCAAAAAGCAUCCUUUUAUCCUCUUUGGAUUACCGUUUAUUGGUAUCAUUGUAGGGGGAUCCUUUGCAUUGUCACAGAUCACACAGACUCGUUUCGACCACCGUGAUAUGAGGCAUACCAAGGUUGCCAAGGAAGAAGCAUUGGGAAUGGACAAGAAUAGACGCAAACUAAGCUUACAGGAGGAAUAUUGGCGUUUACAAUCCAAAACAGAGGAGGAAUGGGAGCAAGUUCGUAUUGAACGACCACCAGGAGUGGAGUAA